CUCUCCCUCCACUCGCGUGCGGAACCGCUCUCCUCCCUUAUCGCCAAAACCCCCGGCCGGAGCAGCGGCGAGCAAGGCUCACCGGCGGCACCCCUCCCCACUCCCUCGACCGCGGGCGCGCGCGCAGAUGCGGCCGUCGCCCAUGGCGGCAAGGGCGGCGAGCGGGUGCUCCUCGGCGGCGCUGGCCUUCUUCCGCCUCCGCCCGCUUGGCCGCGCCACCCGCCUGGCCCCCGCGGGCCGCUCCGCGUUCGGCGCCACUGCCGCCUGCCGGGGCCGCCUCGUCGACUCCGUCCUCCAGGAGCUCCGGUCCCGCAGGCGGGUCCGGGUCUCCGCAAGGAUCGGAUUGCAGGGCACAAAGGAACUGUCGGAUAGUAAGAUAGAGAAGAGAACAAUACAAAAAGGAUUGCUGCUUGAAUUUCACAAAGAUUCUGAGAGAUCCUUGCUCGCUGUUGUCGAAAGGCCUGAUGGGAAGAAAAACUGGGUAGUCACUGACCAGAAUGGUAUCUUAUCUUCUAUAAAGCCCCAGCAGGUGACAUAUGUUGUACCUGGUACCAUGGAUUUUGAUUGUUCAAGAAUAGCUGAAUUUCUCGAGAAAGCGCAAGAUCUCUUGGACCCUACUAUCUUGGAAUGUGCCUGGAUGGAGCUUUCUGAGAAAGACAAAUCAGUAACUGUUGAGGAGUUUGCCGAUAUAGUUUAUGGCAGCAAGGAGUCUCUGGAAAGCUACUGUGCACACUUUUUGUUGUCACGGGAUAUUGUGUAUUUUGUGAAGGUGGAGAGCAGAGGUUCUUCCAUAUACCAGCCUCGCCCAUCUGCUCAGGUGGAUGAACUUUUACGACGGAAGCUUGCUAAAGAGGCCGCCGAUAAGGAACUGGAAGAAUUUGUCCACCUACUCAAGUCUGCUAAAGCAUUGCCUCUAGGCUCUAAGCCUCCAAAAAAUUCAUGGUUGAUGGAAGAGAAAGUGAAACAAAAAAUCGAGUCUCUUCAGGCAUAUGCAGUUGAUGUGUGUAAUGAUGAACAAAGAAGAAUGGCAGGAAAUAUUCUCAAGGCUAUGGGUUUCGCACGGACGUCAUCAGCUGCCCUAAAGCUCCUUAUAAAUGUGGGUUACUUCCCCGUGCAUGUCAAUCUUGAUCUUUUCAGGUAUGAUGUUCAAACCACGUAUACCGAGAAAGUUUUAUCUGUUGCUGAGGAGCUUCUGGUGGAUUGUCCUGAUUCAGAUAAGCAUGUCAGGAAGGAUCUUUCAAAUUUGAGAGUGUAUGCCAUUGAUGUGGAUGAGGCUGAUGAACUUGAUGAUGCAUUAAGUGCAACUAGACUACCUGAUGGUAGGAUAAAGGUCUGGAUACAUGUAGCUGACCCAACAUGCUUUCUUCAACCCCGGAGCAUCCUUGACAGGGAAGCAAUGCACAGAGGAACCUCCAUAUUUUUACCAACUGCCACCUUUCCAAUGUUCCCAGAGAGGCUUGCUAUGAAUGCUAUGAGUUUGCAACAGGGUACAGAUUGUAGAUCUGUAAGCGUAUCUGUGAUUUUGCAUCCAGAUGGAAGUAUUGCAGAAUAUUCGAUAGAGAACUCAGUAAUCAAACCUACCUACAUGUUAACAUAUGAGGGUGCAACUGAAUUGCUGUACAUGAAUCUGGAAGAAGAGAAAGACCUGAGGAUUCUUCAAGAAGCUGCUUCAAUUCGUGCACAAUGGCGUCGCAGCCAGGGUUCAAUCGACACUGCUAUGAUAGAACCUCGUAUCAAGGUGGCAAAUCCGGAUGAUCCUGAACCAAACAUUAAUUUAUAUGUUGAAGAUCAAACCAACCCAGCAAUGCAGCUUGUAUCUGAGAUGAUGAUACUUUGUGGGGAGGCGGUGGCUGCGUUUGGUUCUGACAACAACAUUCCUUUGCCAUACAGAGGGCAUCCCCAGUCUAAUACAGCUGUGUCAGCAUUUGCCUAUCUACCUGAAGGGCCUGCCAGGAGCGUUGCCAAUAUCAGUGUGCUUCGUGCUGCAGAAAUGGAUUUUCGAAAACCUGUAGCACACGGUGUCCUCGGAAUUCCUGGCUAUGUACAGUUCACCUCCCCUAUUCGAAGAUAUGUUGACCUGCUUGCUCAUUAUCAGGUAAAGGCUUUUCUUAGAGGUGAAUCUCCACCAUAUUCAGCUGGUGAUCUGGAAGGGAUGACAUUUAUUGCGAGCAUGCAUGUUAAAGUAGCUAGGAAGCUCCAUAGCAACAGCUUACGUUACUGGUUGCUGGAGUACUUAAGGAGGCAGCCAAAGGGGAGGAAGUAUAGAGCACUAUUACUUAAGUUCAUCAAGGAUCGCAUGGCAACAUUGCUUUUGGUGGAUGUCGGGAUUCAGGUCACAACCGUGGUUGCAGCCGGGAAAGUGGGAGAUGAAGCGAGUGUCGUUGUGGAAAUGGUUCAUCCCCGCGACGACAUCUUAUCAGUUACGGAGAUUGCACAAGACACGGAGGAGUAAAUGCUUGCAAUGGGUAAUGGACGCUCAUUGCCUCGCUCCCUGGACAUGGAUAUUCAUUUUUGGUGCGCAUGAUGGAGGUGAUUCAUUACUUUGGCACUUAGGUGAGGAUCUCCCCUUCAGGACCAUGCUCUCGAGUUCGGUAUCAUGCUUGGGAUUAUGGAAUAGAACACGCGUAUGGUCGCCCUGGUUAAAGUUCAAGCAGGAUACAAUCGUCUAACCGUCUCGCUAAUCCAUUUUUGAGGCUGAGGCAGUUCUGAUGAAAGCACAGGUCUGGUUUGGUUGAAUUUCCUUGGGGUCCUUGGGCGUUUAGGUUCGGGUGCUGAGUUCUGGGAGUAAUAGUUUUUUUGUAUAGCUAGCUACACUCAUAUAAUCCGGGGUUUGACGAUCUGCGGACACGCCAUCUUAUAUAUUCAAUCCAUCACAAUGUAUAUUCGUUCUCAGAUGUAUAUAACGGAGUUACUUCGGGCA